GUUCAAGCUUAGAGAAGUCGAGUCCAGCUGGCGCCAGUGCUGACAUAGGAUGCUGCGGGGAUGUUACAGGCCAUAAGCACUGAGUCUGCCCAGUGAAUAAGACACUCCAGUCCCAGCUUUCCUCAUCGGGACUCUGCGCACUGCCCGGCUGCGGCGAUCGCCUCCAGUGCUGCUGAGCAGAUCCACACUCCCAGGAUUAAAGGGAACAACUCACUUUCAUUUUUAAGAGCCUCGUCCAUAAGAAGGGCACAUAUAUCUCUGGAGAGAACUUGCCCCUGCAAUGGAAGUGGCUACUGACCAGCCCCGUUGGAUGGCACACCACGCUGUGCUCAAUGGGCAGCACCCAGACAGCCACCACCCGGGCCUGGCUCAUAACUACAUGGAGCCCACUCAGCUCUUGCCUCCUGAUGAAGUCGAUGUCUUCUUUAACCACCUGGACUCUCAAGGCAACCCCUACUAUGCCAACUCUGCCCAUGCCAGGGCUAGGGUGUCUUACAGCCAGGCUCACGCUCGCCUGACUGGGAGCCAGAUGUGUCGGCCUCACCUGUUACAUAGCCCCGGGCUACCCUGGUUGGAGAGCGGGAAGACUGCCCUGUCCGCUGCCCAUCACCACAACCCUUGGACUGUCAGCCCCUUUGCCAAGGCCCCACUUCACCCCGCGGCCGCCGGUGGCUCCUUGUACCCGGGCACCGGCUCCUCUGCCGGCCCCUCCAGCUCCCACUCGAGCCCGCACUUGUUCGGUUUCCCUCCGACCCCUCCCAAGGACGUGUCCCCCGACCCCGGCACAGCGGCCUCCCCGCCCUCCCGGGCCGAGGAUAAGGACAGUAUUAAGUACCAGAUGUCGCUAUCUGAAGGAAUGAAGAUGGAAGGGGGCAGUCCCCUGAGGAGCAGCCUGGCACCCAUGGGUACCCAGCCCUCUACCCACCAUCCCAUCCCUACCUACCCUUCCUACAUGCAGGCAGCACACGACUACAGCAGCGGCCUCUUUCAUCCUGGCAGCCUCCUUGGAGGCCCGGCCUCCAGCUUCACCCCUAAACAGAGGAGCAAGAGCAGAUCCUGCUCAGAAAGAAAUCCGGUUUCUUCGUCUUUCCAUUUAGAAGGGAGAGAGUGUGUCAACUGUGGAGCUACAGCCACCCCACUGUGGAGAAGAGAUGGGACCGGUCAUUAUCUGUGUAACGCCUGUGGCCUCUAUCAUAAAAUGAAUGGUCAGAACCGGCCACUCAUUAAACCCAAGCGGAGACUGUCGGCGGCCAGGAGAGCGGGGACUUGCUGUGCAAACUGUCAGACCUCCACUACGACGUUAUGGAGACGUAAUGCUAAUGGGGACCCUGUGUGCAACGCCUGUGGACUCUACUACAAAUUGCACAAUGUGAACCGGCCCCUGACCAUGAAAAAGGAAGGAAUUCAGACCAGAAAUAGGAAAAUGUCCAGCAAGUCCAAGAAAAACAAGAAAGGAUCUGAGUGUUUUGAGGAACUUUCCAAGUGCAUGCAGGAGAAGUCGUCCCCCUUCAGCGCAGCAGCCCUGGCUAGCCAUAUGGCUCCUAUGGGUCACUUGGCACCUUUCAGCCAUUCAGGGCACAUCUUGCAGACCCCGACUCCCAUCCAUCCUUCUUCUAGCCUCUCCUUUGGGCACCCACACCACUCCAGCAUGGUGACCGCUAUGGGAUAAAUAAUAACUGAUGUGGGCAAUUGGGCAUUGCCAAGAAGACAGUGUAACAUAAUAACUUGCACCUUUGCAGUUGCAGAGGAUGGAUCUCCACUUUGGACACAACAGGGCUACUCGGUAGGACCAGAUAAGCACUUUGCUCCCCAGACUGCAAAAAAACAAAAAAGGAUUUAUCUGUUUGCUUCUUGCUGACAAAUCUCUGUUAAAGGUAAAAGUCGGACACAAUAAUCGUGGGAUAUUACUGUGAAUACUGUAAAUAUAUAUAUAUAUAUAUAUAUAUCUGUAUAGAACAGCCUUGGAGGCGGCAUGGACCCAAUGCAGAUCAUGCUGUAUUUGUACUGCAGACUUGUUACAAAAGACAUCUUUAUAUGAAAAUAAUUAUAUCUAAGGCUUAAUUUAAAAAAAAAAAAAAGCAAAAAAAAAAAUAUUUAUUUUGGUCCUGGUUUUUUUUUUAAUCUGCCUCCACCCCCCACACUGGUCUCUCCCCACUUUCCUCUCAAGCCUCCCCUUUUUUCUAUGUAUUGUGGACAAGACCACCUUACAGGCCUCUGACCUAUCUUUAACCUUUUGUCCGCUGGAGGGCUGCUGGCGAGGAGCAGUUUCGGAAUUGCAUGAAAGCAAACAGAUAUUAAAAGAAUACAAGUUUUAUGCGGUUCCUUCUAAGUGAUUGCACCUGGUUUAAGGUUUGUCAUUGCAUUGGCAACGUUCCCUAUAACAUUCUUUGUUUGCACAUAAUAGGCUUCCUUUUAAAGUGCUGUUCCCUGAAAUAGUCACAUUAAAAAUAAUUGAAACAAGAUAAAGACGCUUGGCUUAUAUUUUUUGGUUAAUAUUUACAUUCUUUGGCUCCUGGGCUGGUUUUGGAGCAGGGCAGAGAGAGGGUCAGUUUUACUGUGAACUGUUCCCUGUGCACUCGUAAUAUCUGUGGAACUGCUCAGGUUCUGUCUGGGAUUCUGGGGGUUGUAGUACAAUCUCCAAUCCAAAAAUUAAUAUGCUUGUUAGUUCUUCCAUAUACAUGGCCCAAGUCAGGCCUUGUGUUAUCAACCCAGAAGAGGAGGCCUGACAUUUCCUGGGCAGCCAGUAUUAACAGUCAGACUCAUUAACAGCCCUCCAUAAAUAUCACACAGAAUAAUUUGUAUUCAAGUCCCUUCAUUUGUGAUUUAUUUAAGAAAAACUGAAAGUCAAUUACCUAACAGGCAGAAAUGUAAUGUCCUUUCCAGCGUGGUGUGUAAUAUAUUGAUUGCUUGGUCUUGGAACAUCAUUUUAUGAGCAAUAUCCAUUAUAAUAUAAUGAUGUAUAUAUUUAUUCAGGAUAAAAAAUGAUCAUUUUGGUGUAGGGAUAUACCAAAUAGACUGCUUGUUGCAGCUUAACCCAUCCUCUUGUUUCCAAAAGCAAAAUGUAUUACUGGGGCAAAAAAAACACAUCUGUAAUGUACCUUUCUGUUCUGAUAUAUAUAUAUAAAGCAGUCAUUUGAUAAUGCAUUAAUUAUUAAGGACCAAGCCAUUAUAUAUGUACAGUACAAUAGAGGAAGGAUUCUAUGUGCUGCACGCCUCUCCAGAUGGAAAUGGUUAAAUUGUAAAGAGGGGCUUGUAGGAAGGUUGAACUUAAAUCAGACAAAAGUGAUCCUGCUAAAUUUCUUUAGCAUCUUUGUAGCCAGAGGAGCUUUUGGGUUUUUAUUCCAUAGAUAUGGAUGGAACAUCCCUCCAGUCACAGGCCGCUCUGGCUGCAAAGUAGCUAGUGCUUUAUGGUACAAGCUGUAAAUUAUUUUGUACCUUUUUAUAAAAGGGGAUUUUGGGAAAAUGUUACUGAUACAAAAAGAAAUUACAAAAGUGCAAUAUGUUGCAGCCCUGCCGGGCAGUGAAGCUCCGCAGUCCAGACAUAAAUUAUUUUGCAUCGGUUUCAGCAGAAAUAAAAAAAUCUACAGUAUUUUUUUUAUUUACUUGUUUAUUUUGAUUAGUGACCUUAAGUUAUUGUCAGUUCUGUACACCAUGUUUAUAUAUUGUCUGUAUAAAGUGUAUGCUAUACUCCUUACUCCAUGAAGGUGAAUAUUGCUAAAAAUAAAAUAACUUUUUUUUUUUGUUGAA